CGGCGGGAUGGCUGCGGCCGGCGGCGGGGCGGCGGCGGGGGGCCGAGCCUACUCCUUCAAGGUGGUGCUCCUCGGGGAAGGCUGCGUGGGGAAGACGUCGCUGGUACUGCGCUACUGCGAGAACAAGUUCAACGACAAGCACAUCACCACCCUGCAGGCAUCUUUCUUAACAAAGAAGUUAAAUAUUGGUGGAAAAAGAGUAAACCUUGCUAUAUGGGAUACAGCAGGUCAAGAGAGAUUCCAUGCUUUGGGUCCAAUUUACUACCGAGAUUCGAACGGAGCCAUUUUAGUGUAUGAUGUAACAGAUGAAGAUUCUUUUCAGAAGGUAAAAAACUGGGUCAAAGAAUUACGGAAAAUGUUGGGAAAUGAAAUCUGUUUGUGUAUAGUUGGUAAUAAAAUAGACUUGGAAAAGGAGAGACAUGUUUCUGUUCAAGAAGCAGAAUCGUAUGCAGAGUCUGUGGGAGCAAAACAUUAUCAUACUUCCGCUAAGCAAAACAAAGGGAUUGAGGAGCUCUUUCUUGACCUUUGUAAAAGAAUGAUAGAAACUGCGCAAGUGGAUGAGAGGGCAAAAGGCAAUGGCUCCAGUCAAGGUGGGGCUGCGAGGCGAGGCGUGCAGAUCAUUGACGACGAACCUCAAGCUCAGAGCGGCAGUGGAGGCUGCUGUUCUUCUGGGUAACUGCUCAUGCCUCUGAAGCUCAGAACAGAGCAGAACUGUGGAUCAUUGCCCUGACCUCGAAGACUGCCAUAUUCCAAGUCACAUCAUUUUACCAAUGGAGUUAGAGAAUUAACAGUAUUUUCAAUUACGUUUAUAACACUGCAGAGACCUUAAGUGCUAAACUUAGUGGAGUUUGUGACCAGAGAAUGGGCAUUUUCUACAAAUGUUAACAAAGCAAUUACCAAUGGCCUUUCUACACAUUUUUUUUCUUUAAUGAGGAAUAAUAUGCAUGUAGAAAAGACCUACUUAAAGGCUUCAUUUAUAUUCUUUUAAAUCA